AUGCAGGAUGAGGAGGAUGAGGAGGUGAAGAAUGAAGAUAAUGAAGAGAAUGAAGAGGAGCUACUGGACAUUGUCAAAGAGAAGUCCAAGUUCCUUGAAGAGGAUGCUGUUGAUUUGGCGGAGGCCGAGGACUAUUUGAGCUGUUUCUGCAUAGCUGCAGAAGCAUGUGGAUUUGCUGCAUUGAUUGGCUCGGACACUGAUGAGAACUGUGACGAUGCUGGUGGUUAUGCCUGUGACAACAGCGCUGUAAAGCCCGAGCCAGCACAAGCAGUGGAGGUUUCAAGCAAGCAGCGCAAAGCAAAAAAAGAAGUGGCCUGGAAGCAGAGUAGCUGCGUGUUGGCGCUGGCGAAGCCUUUCUUCAAUGCUGACCGGGAGCGUAGGCGUCUCUUCAAGGUAAAAACAACUCUUCUCAGUCCGGGCACCAAAGAACCUCGAAAGGGUAUCAAGCUCCGUGGGAUCAACGAGGGUCGCUUCUUGCACUAUCGGCGACUUUUCCUUGUUGAGCCAACCCCUGAUGAUGGUUGGCCCAGACCAGAUGGAUGUGCCAAGAUGGUGCCUGAUGAGUCUCAGUGCUUCCGAAUUGAAACAACACCUGAGCAUUCCAAAGUUUUGCUGGAGUUUGCAGCAUGCUCCAUGCUACAUGAUCCUCAAAUGAUUCAUAACUUCCUGAUGGAGUACCCGUUUUGUGUGGAAGGCCUUCUGGUCUAUUCUGAAAUCGCCCGGCAGAGUGGAGAGCACCAACAGGCUUUUCAAAUUCUGCGCCGUGCAGUCUAUGCCACAGAGUGCGGUUUCGAUGGUGCUUUUUCUCCUUUUCAGGAGACGCAGGUGCCGAUGCUGAGAGGAGAAGCUUGCUGCUCCAUCAGCUGGCCGCGGGUUCGUGUGCAGUUGGCUGAAGAUCCUUCAUGGCCAGGAUGGUCUUGGUUCACUACUUUGUGGGGAUACAUGUUGGCACUGGCAUCCCAAGGCCUGCCACGCACUGCUUUUGAAGUCUGCAAGUUGAUCCUAGCAAUGACACUGCCGAAUGAUCCGACGCACUCCCUCGUUCACUUGGACUACUUUGCCUUGCGAGCAGAAGAGUACGAUGUCUUGCUGGAAAUCUCAGAGAAGCUCAAUCCACCUUGUCCAUUGCCCAAUAACACCAUUGUGCGGCUGGACUUUUGCUUGCCAAACUUUGCCUACUCGGCAGCUUUGGCUCAUUACCUUCGUAGGUCCAUCAAGGAUGAAGAUGAAGCCGCCGCGUUGAGCACCAUCAGUGUGCAGGACUUAACGACUCCGCCGCAGAAGAUGUUGCUACAGCCAACUGAAGAUGGCCCAUCUCCGCCACACCUGGCCUUGAUGCGAGCGAUGCUGCUUUUCCCACGGACGUUGCGCUCAAUUUUAGAAACCCUAGGCAUUUCGCUGAAUGCCUCAGCUUCCGGAUCACCUUGCAAGCUGUCGUGGUCUGAGCUUCUGGACAGGAGCCCUUUGAAGGGAGAAACACAUAUUUUACACCAGCAGCACUUCCUGGCGCAUGCAUUAGUCUCCGACGCCUUUGUACAGCGAUGUGCUACAUUUUUCCGGAGUGAGAAGAUGCUGAGGUGGCUACAUGCUUGCACUGGUCGCCUCGUGCAGAUGUGUGAGUCCUCCCUUUUUUGA